AUGGCGCCGCCGAAGCUCACAGCGCCGCAGGUUCGCCAGGCGUUCUUUGACUUUUUCAAGUCGAAGGAGCAUACGUUCGUACCGAGCUCGAGCACGAUCCCGUACGAGGACCCGACGCUCUUGUUCACCAAUGCCGGUAUGAACCAGUACAAGUCGAUCUUCCUCGGCACCGUCGAGCCGCACAGUGAGCUGGCCAAGCUCAAGCGCGCGUUUAACAGCCAAAAGUGUAUUCGUGCUGGAGGGAAGCACAAUGAUCUGGAGGACGUAGGCAAAGACUCGUAUCACCACACGUUCUUCGAGAUGCUCGGCAACUGGUCCUUCGGCGACUACUUCAAGAAAGAGGCCAUCGAAUGGUCGUGGGAGCUCCUCACCGACGUCCUCAAGCUGCCCAAGGACAGGCUCUACGUCACCUACUUCGAGGGCGACUCGUCCGCGGGCCUGGAGCCCGAUCUCGAGGCAAAACAGUUCUGGCUCGACGUCGGCGUCGCGGAGGACCACAUCCUGCCCGGAAACGCGAAGGAUAACUUCUGGGAAAUGGGCGCAACAGGCCCCUGCGGCCCCUGCUCCGAGAUCCACUACGACCGCAUCGGCGGCCGCAACGCCGCGCACCUCGUGAACCAAGACGACCCGGACGUCCUCGAGAUCUGGAACAACGUCUUCAUCCAGUUCAACCGCGAGGAGUCCGGCGCGCUUAAGCCGCUCCCGGCCAAGCACGUCGACACGGGCAUGGGCUUCGAGCGCCUCGUCUCGGUCAUCCAGGACGUGCGCUCGAACUACGACACGGACGUCUUCUCGCCCAUAUUCAAGCGGAUUGAGGAGCUCACGGGAAAGAGGCCCUCGUUGAUGCCGGUGCUCAUUGAGCAGCUCGGCGACACGUUCCCGGAGCUGAAGAAGAGGCCGGACGAGAUCAAGGAGAUCUUGGACGAGGAAGAGGAGAGCUUCAGCCGCACGCUUGAUCGUGGCGAGAAGCUGUUUGAGCAGUACGCGAGCGCUGCGAAGGAGCAGGGCGCCGCGGUGCUCAACGGGAAGGACGUCUGGAGGUUGUACGACACGUACGGCUUCCCCGUCGAUCUCACGCGUUUGAUGGCCGAGGAGCUCGGAUUGGGCGUCAACGAGGCCGAAUUCGAAGCGGCACAGGCGGCAUCGAAAGAAGCGAGCAAAGCCAACGCGAAGAAGGACACCGGCAUCACCGUCAAACUCGACGUGCACGACCUCGCCGCGCUCGAGAAGAUGCCCUCCGUGCCCAAGACGGACGACUCCGCGAAGUUCGCGUUCGGGAACAUCGACGCGACGGUCGUCGCGCUCUACCACGCCUCUUCCUUCCCCUCCUCGACCGCCUCGAUCCCCUCCGGCGCGCCGUUCGGCAUCCUGCUCGACCGCACGUCCUUCUACGCCGAGAGCGGCGGGCAGGAGUACGACACGGGCAAUAUCGUCAUCGACGGCGCGCAGGGCGCCGAUUUUGCCGUGGAGAAUGUGCAGAGCUAUAGGGGAUACGUGUUGCAUGUUGGGCGGUUGAAGGAGGGGGAGAUUAAAGUGGGCGAUAGGGUUGUCAGCCAGUACGACGAGCUGCGGAGGUGGCCGUUGAGGAACAACCAUACGGCGACGCAUAUACUCAAUUUCGGAUUGAGGGAGGUGUUGGGGGACCAUAUCGACCAGAAGGGCUCGUUGGUCGCGCCUACGAAGCUCCGGUUCGAUUUCAGCCAUAAGGCCGGCGUUACGGGGCCGGAACUCGUCAAGAUUGAGGAGAUGAGCAAGGAGUGGAUUAGGAGGAAUGUAAGGGUGUAUAGCAAGGAGAUGGAUCUGAAGGAGGCGCACAAGAUUCCGGGGCUGAGGGCCGUGUUUGGGGAGGCGUAUCCGGACCCGGUUAGGGUCGUUAGUCUGGAAUUCAGCACGGAUGAGAUUGCGGCGGAUAUUGAGAAUCCGAAGUGGAGGGGGACGAGCGUGGAGUUCUGCGGCGGGACACACGUCGCGCGCACGGGCGACAUCAAGGACUUCGUCAUCACCGAAGAAUCCGGCAUUGCGAAGGGCAUCCGCCGCAUCAUCGCCGUCACAGGCCACGAAGCGGCCUCCGUGACGCGCACGGCCGACACGCUCGAGGCCCGGCUCGUCUCCGCCGAGAACGCCACGGGCAAAGCGAAAGACGCGGCGCUCAAGACGCUGCAGGUCGAGCUCGGCCAGGCGGAUAUCAGUCUUAUACGGAAGAACGCGCUGAGGGAACGCUUGGCGGGUGUGCGGAAGGCGUUUGAUAAGGAGGUUAAGGAGAGGGAGACGAGGGCGCAGAAGGAGGCUGUUGAGGCUGUUACGACGUUCUUUAAGGAGAAGCCGGAUGAGGAGGCGUAUUUCGCUGUUGUGCCUGUCGAUGGGAACGUCAAGAUCCUCCAAGCUGUCGUCCUCUCCGCGAAGAAGCUCGGGAAAGCGGUAUACGUCUUCAGCGCGGACACCGAAGGAGGCAAGGUCGCACACGUCAACCAUAUCCCCGAGUCCCUCCGGGUACCCGGAUUUGAUGGAAGGUCGUGGGCGGCGAGUGUCAGCGAGGUUAUUGGUGGGAAGGCUGGUGGGAAGGAGGAUGGAGCGCAGGGUGUGGGCACUGAGGUCGGGAAGGUGCAAGAUGCGAGGGAGGUUGCUGAGAAGGCAUUCCGUGCGAGGAUGUGA